GGGAUAGCCGAUGGGCAUCGCAUCGGGCGAUGAGCGAUGGCGAUGCGGCGCAGAUGCGAUGAUGAUGAUGGUGGUGGUGGUGGUGGUGGUGGUGGUGGUUUUUUCCCUCCUUCUCCACUUCGUGAGACAGCUAGUCUCUUCGUCAUGGUUGGGAAUCGGGAGGUGUUUGAACUAGCUCACUCUGUAGGUGAAGCUGUUGAUGCCUUAUGCCCUGUUCUGAGGUUUAAGGAUUCCACUAAACUCUUGGGGGUGUUGGCAGUUUGUCAGUCGGUCGGUGUCGCCAUGUGAUCCCGAAUAACAUGACGCAGAUGUCAAUCGAAAGUGCCAACCAAGC